AUGGCGGCUCCGCGUGGGCUGGAGCGGGCGCGGGCUGGCCGGAAGUGAGGCUCCGAGCCCCUGCGCUGGGUGCGCGCUCGCCGCCCCCCGCUCGCCAUGGCCGGGAUCCUCUUCGAGGACAUCUUCGACGUGAAGGACAUCGACCCCGAGGGCAAGAAAUUCGACCGGGUUUCUCGCCUGCAUUGUGAAAGUGAGUCUUUCAAGAUGGACCUAAUCCUGGAUGUGAAUAUACAGAUCUACCCCGUGGACCUGGGUGACAAAUUCCGCCUAGUUAUCGCCAGCACCUUGUAUGAAGAUGGGACCCUGGAUGAUGGGGAGUAUAACCCCACUGACGACAGGCCGUCCAGGGCCGACCAGUUUGAGUAUGUGAUGUACGGGAAGGUUUACAGGAUUGAGGGAGAUGAAACAUCAACGGAGGCAGCCACACGCCUUUCUGCCUACGUGUCCUAUGGGGGGCUGCUCAUGAGACUCCAGGGAGAUGCCAACAACCUGCACGGCUUCGAAGUGGAUUCCAGGGUUUACCUCCUGAUGAAGAAACUGGCCUUCUAACCGCAGGGGGCCGAGCAGCUGGGGACCGCGGCUGCACCUGGGACCCUGCCUCACACACAGGCUUUGCAAAUAGACACGGUCUUGCUGGCCGGGACCGGGACCCUUGUAUUCAACGGCCGCUGGAUUUCAGCUCCAUUGGCCCAUCUGGACCCUCUGGAGUGAUGCAUGGCAAAAGCCUGCACCAUUUCCAGCAGGCCUUGUGUUUUGUGGCCUCUCUGGUGGCUGGGAGCAGGACAGGGAGCCGUUACUGAGCCAGCCCCACCUGGUUCUUUACUAAAGUGGGUGCUUCG